AUGGUUAAAAAUACAUCAAACGAAACAAUGGUUUUAUCACUAAAAAAUUUAAGCAAAAAUAAAUGGAGUUCUUUAUCCAAAAAACAGCUUGAUGAUAAAUCGAGCUACUCCCCUAGAACAGAAAAGUUAAUAGAAAUAAUAUCUCCCAUAUUAGAUUAUUAUGGAUAUAACAGAGAAGAUGUUUAUAAUUUUAUUAGUUUAUAUAAAUUUGAUAUAGAAAAGAUUCAGUUAGAACUAUGUAAUAUUAUGGAAUCUAAAGAAGGAGAAGAUGAAGGAUUAUGGAAAACUGUAAAAAGUAAGAAAAGUAAAAAACCUGCUGAAAAAAAUAAUAAGAAAAAUAGUUUCACACCUAAUAAUUUGAAUAAAAAAGGUAGUAGAAAUAUUGAAAAAUUAUUUUCAAAAGGUUUUAACGUAAAAGAUAAAGAUGUAAAAAAAAGUAAUAUUAAUAAUAGUAAUAAUAAUAAUAAUAAUACAAAAAGUGCUGUUAUAAAUACUGGUGUAACCACAACAGCAGAUCAAAAAAUGGUUAUUAUAAAUAAUAAAGUUAAUCAUUUUCCAAAUACACAAACGAAAAAUGAAAAUGUAACAUUAUUACCAGAUAUGAAUAAAAAGUCUCAAGAUGAUAAAGCUAUAAAGAAAAAUUUAAAUGACUAUUCAAAUAAAACAUUGAACAUAAAAAAUGUAUCAGCUGUUGAAAAGCAUCAAGGAGAACAUAAUGUAAAUGAUAAUGUAACUAGUCAGAAAAGUAAAAAGAAAAAAGGUACUAGUACACAUAACGAUAUUAAAAAUAGUACAAAUGAAAAUGCAAAUAAUGAUUUAUUAAAAUAUGCUAUUCAACAAAAAGAUGGCAAACAUAAAAAAGGUAAAAAUUUGUUUAAGACAUUAAAUGAUGUUAAUCAUGAGAAUUUUAUAAAACAUAAAAAUGCUCAGGGUUUUAAUAAUGAUCAUAAUAAUAUAAACGAAUAUGAUGAAGAAUAUGAUGAAGAAGAAGAAAUAGAACAGGAUGAUGUUAAUCAUCAAGAAUUUCAUAUUAAUAAUCAUGAUUAUUAUGAUGAUGAAGAAGAAGAAAAUGAAUUUUUUCUUCAUAAUAAAAGAAGCAAUAAAAAUAGUUAUUUUAAUUAUUUGCAUAAAAAAAAAAAGUAUCUUAAAUUAGAAGAUAAUAAUAAUAAUAAUAGUAAUAAACUAUUAGCUGAUUAUAAAUAUACUGAUGAUCAUUAUGGAAAAAAAGAUUUGAAGAAUAAAUUUUCUCAUGCAUCAAAUCUAGCAAGUGGUCAUGCGCAUUUUAAUAGAUAUAAUAAUUUUAAUUACCAUGAUAAAUAUUUUAAUAAAAAUUAUAAUAGAUAUAGUACUACGAAACCUUUAAAUGAAUCACUUAUGGCAAAAAAUGCAAAAAAUAGAUAUUCUCUUUUUAAUAAUAAUACUAAUAAUAAAUUAAGUUUAUAUAAUUCUGCAAAUAGUAGUCAUAUUAAUUCUUCUUUUAAUAAAGGAACUCAAAAGAAAGGUUUAUUAUCAAAAAAGGAUUUCAAAAAAAAAAGAACAUCAAGUAAAAAUAAUAAUAGUAUAGAUCUAGAGUAUGAUCCAUAUACUGGACAAAAGUUAAAUUACGAUAUGACAACUAUUACAGAAGAAACAAAUGAAUUUGACCAUGAUGUUAAUAAAAAAGUUAUUGAAAACACAACAGUCGGUACCAACAAAAAAAAAACACCAACAAAUAUUAAUACCUCAUAUGCAUCCGUUGUGAAUGGCAAUAUUAUGAAAAUAUCAAAUUUGGAAGAACAUAAUAAAAAUGAUGUAUCCAAAACAAAAACACAGCAACAAACUCUUGUCAAGAAUGCAGAAGAAGAAAAAAAUGAUACGAAAAAAUCAAAAUGCCAAUUGAUACCAAUCAAAAAUAAUAAAACAGAAAAAUUGUGGGUAUCCGUAAUUACAAAUGGUACUCAAAAUAAUAAUGAGAAAGAAGAAACUCUUCGUUCACCUAAAAAAGAUGCAAAUUCAAAUAAAGAAUUAAAAAAUGAAAAAUCUCAAAAAGAAAAUAUGAACAACAAUCAAAGUAGUAACAAAAAAAGUGUAACAGAUGCAGGAGUAAUUGAUUCACAAUCUGUAAAUAAAUUAGGAGAAGAAAAAAAUAAAGAGAAAAAGAAAAAAUUAAAAAAAGCUACAGUUGAAGAUUCUACUGCAACGAAAGGACAACAUACAACUGAUGUGAAAGUUUUAAAUGAUAAACAUGCAAAUAAAAAAUUAAAUGAAGAAAAAAAAAAAGAGAAUAAAAAUAAUAACCAAGCUAACAAAAGUGAACAAAUAUUAGAUGAAAAGAAAUUAAAAAAGAAAAAGAAAAAAAUUGAUCAAGAAGAAUUACAAAAUAAUGAAUCUGCUUUGAUAAAAGGUAUUAAUAAUAAAACAGCAUUAAAUACAUCUGUCGAUAUGAAAAAAGGAAAAAAUAAGUUGAACAAUAAUAUGAAGGGUUUAAGUAGUCCUGUAUCAAAUGUAGAACAAUUUGUUAUAGAUGAUAUGAUGAAAACAGAAGAACAAGAAGGAAAGGAGAAAAAUGAUAUACCAAUAUAUAUGCCGAAUUUAUCUCUUUUAGGUAAUAUGAAUAAAAAAAUAUUUUUUGGUAAUAUCAAUAUAAGUGGUGAUAAUAUUGAAAAUUUCAAUAUGUCUGAAAACAGUGUUAUGGAACAUAUGAAACAUAAUAAUAUGUUAAAUGAGGUUGAUAAUAAUAAAAUAUUAAAUGCUGAAAAUAAAAAGAAAAUAAAUAAUAUAAGAAAAAAUUAUGCCUUAGAAGCAUCAUCAAUGGGAUUAAGUAAUAAUGAUAAUAAUAUAUCAUCACAAUAUUAUAAAGAAGAAAAUAAUAACAAUAUGAACAAUCGUAAUUAUGACGUAAACCAUUCUGAUUUAAGAAACCAAAAGGAUAGAGAAUUUAAACAUUUUGAUUUUAAAAAUAAAAACCAAAAAAGAGAAGAUUAUCACAACAAUAACAAUAUAAAUAGUAUUCAUAAUAAUGAUUUAUUCAAUGAAAGCAAAAAUAAAUCUACUUAUGUAUCAUCCAAUAAAAAUUCACAUCAUAUAAAUAACAAUAAUAAUAAUAAUAAUAAUAAAUCAAAUAAUUUGACAUUACCCAAGAUCGGGGCAUCAUCAGCAUCGAAUUCAUUAAGUCAUCAACAAUUACAAACAUCAAUUAAUAAUACAAAACAUUUGUUAAAUACCUCUACAAAUACAGCUUUUCUUAAUAAAUCAUCAACUGUUGCAACACAUGGAUCCCAAGAAAAUUCUUCUGCAGCUUUUAUGAGUGGUAAAAACAGUAAAUAUCUUCAAGGCUCUUUUAAAAAUAAGAAUUAUGAUAAUAAUGAUUUGGAUGACACUAAUUCAAUACAAUUAAAUCAAAUAUCCCAGAAAUUUUUACGAAGUCAUCAAAAUGUAGUAAAUAAUAAUAUAUCAACAAGUGGUAUUAAUAAUAAUACAACUAGUGCUACAGUUAUUAGUACAAAUAAUAAUAAUAAUACGAGUAGUGCAACCAAUAAUAAUAAUAAUAAUAAUAACACAUCAAACGUAAAUAUUACGAAUAAAAAUACCAGCAGUGAUAUUAAUAAUAUUAACUUAAUGAAUAUGGGUAUGAAUAAUUUGAAUAAUAAUAACAUGUAUAGUACAUAUAAUUCUCCUCCAGGUUUAGCGAAUCAGUAUAAUUAUUCUUAUGGAAACUUGUCAUAUCCAUACAACAACAUGCCCUAUAAUGGUUAUACAACUCAAGCAUUGGUUCCACAAUAUGGAUUAAUGAAUAAUCAUUAUAAUAAAAGUAGUAGUAUACAUAACAACAAUUUCAAUUAUAAUAUAAAUUAUGAGAAUUUCGAUGAAUCUAAUUUAUAUGCACAUAAUAAUAACAUCCACAUGAAUAAUAGUUUUGUGAAUUUUAUAAAUGGAAAUAACGUUAAGAAAAAUCAACUCAAUGGAGAUGAUGAUAAUAUUAGUAACUCUGGAGACAUGACAAUAACAGGAACACAUCAAGCUAUAAAUUUGACUCAUGAUAAUUCAACAAAUAAUGUUAAUCAAAAUGCAACCAAUGUAAAUAACAAUAAUAGCAGCAAUAAUAAUAACAAUAAUAAUAAUAACAAUAACAAUAACAAUAACAACAACAAUAAUAAUAAUAAUAAUAAUGGUGUGUGUGUAGAUAAUACUACCAAUAGUGGACUUGGUAAUUUAUCUCUGAACAACAUUAAUAAUAACCUAAACACUAAUAUAAGUAUUUCAUGUAACACAACAGAUUUAAAAAAUAAGCAACAAUUAAAUAAAAAUAUAAAUGAUUUACAAUUACAAACAUCAACACAAAGCUUAAAACAAAACUUACAUACACACAAUAAAAAUAAUUCAAUGAGUACAAACCAACAAACUAUUCAAAAUAAACAUACAGGGCAACAUCAACAGAAUUUAUUGAAUAAUAAUAAUUCAUUAGGACAAUAUACGCAAAACCAAAUACAGCCAAAUACAUCUCAAAAUACUGCAUCUUCAACAUCUUCAUCUGUUACGGGAAAGGCAGAUACAAAUAAUAUAAAUAAUGCUUCACAGAAUAAUCAAAAUAAUUAUAUAAGCAAACAAUUAUAUCAUAAUAGCAAUUAUUAUAAUAUAAAUUCAAGUAGUUUUAAUAUACCACCAGGAUUUAAUAUGUCUCAAGAUAAAGAACAAAAUAAUAAUUACUUAAAUAAUAAUAUUACAACUAAUAAUAAUAAUACAAAUGUAAGUGCAUACAGAAAUAAUUGGAAUAGUAUUAAUGAAAAAAAUUUAAAUCACUAUAAUUUAAAUUAUAAUUAUAAUAGGAGUAACAAAAACAGUUUUAAUUACACCAGCAACUUCAAUAGUAAUGUAUACAAUGGAAAUAGAGAUAAUAAUAACAAUUUUUUUAACUAUAAUAAUUUUAGCUAUGCUUUACAAACCCCUCCAGGUUUACAGAAUUAUUAUCAAAACACACAGUAUCAACAACAAAAUAAUUAUAACAAUAGGAACUAUAAUUAUUCUGCCUAUAAUAAUAAUCUAUCGAUGUGGAAUAGAGAAGAAUAA